AGAUGCGCUCCCAUGCCAGAUGAUAUUUCAAGAGUGCUUUGCAAACAGGGACUGGGAGCGCUGCCGGCAGCCUGUGUUCUGAGCUGGCAGAAAGGCCCGCUUCCCUGUUCUUCCCACUGGGCUUGGGGCCAAGCUGGCUGGUCAGAGGCAAGGAAUUAUAAGCAACUAGAGUGCUUUGCCUCUGGGGACAACAAAUGUUGAUCCCAAAGGGACAAUUAAUAUUUAACAACACCCCUGUAAGGAAGGCAAGUGGUAUUAGCCCCAUUAUAGGUGUCUAGGGUCACCCAGCCAGCCUUUUGCAGAUCUGAGAUUUAAGCAAGGACUUUCUGGCGAUUCUUCCACUGGGUCAGCACUGGCACAACUCAGUCCCUGGCUGUGAGAAAUGAGGGGCUGGUGCCUUUGAGAGUGUGCAAAGAGCAAUCCCUUACUGCCGAGAACUGGGCUUAUGUGUAGGGGGGUGGUAAGGGGACAGCUUCCAGGUCAGACAGAAUAACUGUUCUGCCAGACUCGAGCCUUUCCAGCUCUAUUGUUAGCAAUGAUUCACUGCUCUCUUCCCCGUGGAGACUGACGAAAUACCAGCAGUCACGCAGGCUCGGGAAACCACUAAGCUGCAUCCUCAGCCCAAAUGAGGCGGCGUGCUCUGGCAUUUAUUGCCCAUUUAAACUGUAAACAGACCUAAACUGCUCACAUCCUGUUCAGGUCCUGACUUGUUGCCAAUUUAAGAAACUAGAAACUCCAGAAAUGACCUCGCAACACCAGCUGCCUUUGGGCAUGGGAACACCCGCCUUGUGUUUCGUGCCAAGCAUUCGCUCCCUGUAUUAUGCUGUGAAACGAGAAGGAGAAGUAGAAGGAGACGACUCUCCGGCUGGCUGGGGAGGAACUAUGGCUGCCGUGUUCCUCCCAGGAAACCUGCAAGAUGAAGCCACCUGCUCGGUCUGCCUGGAGUACUUUAAAGACCCCGUAUCCAUUGAAUGUGGCCACAAUUUCUGCAGAACUUGCAUCACCAAGAGCUGGAAGAGCCUGGAGGCGGAUUUCCCCUGUCCCCAGUGCAGGGAGGUUUUCCAGGAGAAGAGCUUCAGGCCCAACAGGCAGCUGGCCAACAUGGCUGAGAUUAUCAGCCAGUUCAUCCUUCAUGGCGGGAAGGGCCUAGAUGAGGGCAACUUCUGCGAGAAGCACAAGGAGGCCCUGAAGCUCUACUGCAAAGACGACCAGAGGACAAUCUGCGUGGUGUGUGACCGUUCUCGGGACCACCGGCCUCAUAGCGUGGUGCCUAUUGAGGAGGCAGCCCAGGAGUACAAGGAACAAAUUCAGUCUCGUUUGGAUUUCCUGAAGAAAGAGAGGCAACAACUCCUGGAAUUCAAAACUGAGGACGACAAAAAAAGCCAAGAUCUCUUGAAAACUAUAGAGGGUGAGAGGCAGAAGGUCCUUUCUGAAUUUGAGGGGCUGCGCCAGUUUCUGCAUGAACAAGAGCAGCUCCUUUUGAGUCAGCUGGACAAGAUGGAGAAAGGCAUUACCAGGAGGCAGAAUGAGAAUAUCACGGAGCUCUCCAAGGAAAUUUCACUCCUCAACAAGCUGAUUGAUGAUCUGGAGGAGAAAAACCAAGAACCUGUGCUCAUCUUCCUCAAGGAUGUGGAAAGUGUCCUUAAAAGGAGUGACAAUAUUAAAUGUGAGAAGCCCAUCUCUGUUUCUUCUGACAUGAAGGGUCAUAUCUGCAAUUUCUCUGUGAAGACGGAGGUUCUCAAGGGAACGCUAAAGAAGUUCAAAGAGGAAUUGUUCCUGGAUCCAGAGACGGCCAACCACCUCCUCAUCCUUUCCUCUGACCUGAAGGGUGUGAGAAUGGGCUGCAGGAAACAGGAUCUGCCUGACAACCCCAAACGCUUCGACACCAACUCCAGAGUCCUUGCCACAGAGGGGUUCAAGUCGGGGAGGCAUUACUGGGAAGUGGAGGUGGGGGCUGCAGACGGUUGGGCUUUUGGGGUGGCCAAGGAAUCCGUGCGUAGGAAGGGGCUGACUCAGUUUUCUCCUGAAGAAGGUAUCUGGGCAUUGCAGCAAAAUGGCGGCCGGUACUGGGCAGUCACGACUCCUCAGCGCACCCCGAUUUUCCUGCCCGAGAGGCUCAGCAAAGUUAGAAUCUACUUAGACUAUGAAGGGGAAGAAGUGUCCUUCUACAAUGCUGAAAACAUGCAGCACAUUUUCACCUUUAAUGUUCCGUUCAAAGAGAAGAUGUAUCCUCUCUUCUCAGUUUGCUCCACCGUUACUUACAUUAAACUUAGUUCCUGAGCAGGAGGGGACCUUUGCUUUGAGUGGCCAGCUAUGUAUACAGAUGUGGCAAAUUAGCUCGUCAGGACCUCGCUGGGGCUAGUGGCCACCAAGGGCCUAGUGGCCAGUGGUGCCCUGGAGGAGGGAUCCCAGAGCUGAGGAGCCUGCUUUGGAUGCACAUGCGGUGAUGAAGUCCUCUGCAGCCCACCUGAGGCUCAGCUGCGAUCCUCACGGUACCUGAGGGGAAGCGGAUUCUCCCAGCAGCAAAACAUAGUUGUGAGCUGCCCCUACUGCCAGGAGAAGUGUGUGGCAGCCUUUGGACCACUGUGUACAAGUGACAAAAUGGCAUGUGCCCAGGUGUGCUGGAAAGAAAGUGAGAUGCUGAGCAAGGCCACAAUCCGCUUGCCACAGGGAUGCAGGGGCUCGUGUGCACAGGAUGCUUGAGUCACGAUUGGCAGCCCCUGCUCCGCCUCAUAAUGCUUGUUGCCAGAGUCAGGAGUGAAUCUUUUACUAGCUUUAAUGCAGGUACAGACAGAGGCAGUGUCGUGUGAUGUCUCACUAGUUCUGCGGAACGGUUAGACAACAUACUGCAGUGCUUGUCUGGAUCCAACUCAUUGCGCCAACAUUUAAAGUAGAUAAUUUAUUGUUGUAAGCCGCCCCGAGGCUUCGGCGAAUGGGGCGGCAUAAAAAUGUUUUAAUAAAUAAAUAAAUAAAUAAAUAAAAUAAUUGUCCAUAUAUUUUUUAAAUCAACGAGAACAAAAUGAACUUGCCAAUACCAUCAUCCUACAAUUAGUCUUUUAUUAAUUAGAACCUAGGCCCAUAGGAAAAGCCAGGCUGCAUCAAACGAGGGGUCCACCCAGUGGAGCACUCCGGUCACACAGUGGCAAACCAGCUGCCCACGGGGUCCCUCGGCCGGGUGGGUGCAAGGCCUCCGUCUGCCCAAGCUCUUCCGCAACCGGUGAACAGAUGCAGAAUGAAUCUCAGCCAGCGCUGGUCAGAGACGCUACCUGGGUCCCUCCUUGCCAUCACAUGGAGCAUUUUUUUUUUACUGCAUGUUUGUUCCCAGUUCUAGGCAUUUCUUUCCCCCACUUUUGGUCAAUGGGAUUAUUUGGACUUGAGAUUUAAAAUGGCUCAAGCCAUUCUCUCUUCCCUGCAAAUUGUAGUUAGAUUCUCGGCACCCUCACUCAAUUGCAACUGCAGGAUUCUUUGCUGGAUGCAAGACUGCCUCCUUGCUAUUCUGUUGCUUUCAUGCGAUUCUAAGUAUGAGCUCAGUGUCUUCGACAUUAUUUCAACUGAGGAGCAGAGCCCAUUCUGAUUAACGGCUUCUACUUGCAGGUCUUGAAUGCAGGCACAAUUUUUGCUUGGUAUUUUUUGGGGGUUUUCUGUACCUGCUGUUUAAAUUCUGCAGUACAGAACUGACUGCGUGAUGGGAUUUAGAAAGUUGCUAAUUGUUGGGAGGCCUUUUUGAAUAAACCCGAGGAUGUGACCUGAGCCCCCUUCCCCACGUGGCAUGCCUUUAUAUUAUGCAAACCAUGAUCUCAGCCUAGGCAGGGACACUGAGAAUGUAACAGGUUCUUGGAUUGCUCUUGAUGUAAAACUCAUUAUUGUGGGAUGGGAAAAGACUGGAACUGGUUUGACUGAACAAUGGCUAAAGGAGAAUGCAAAUUUGGGAGAUAACGGUACUGAAUCUAGAACUGUCGUGUGUAUUUGCUUCUGUGCCCAGGUAAUCCUUUUUGCUCGGCCUGUAUAUUUGUAAAUAAACUGAAUAUUGUAGAUUCA